AUGCAGGCGCGCUACUCCGUCUCCAGCCCCAACUCCCUGGGAGUCGUGCCGUACAUCAGCAGCGACCAGAGCUACUACCGGGCCGGCGGUGGGUACACUGGGAUGCCCGCACCCAUGAGCAUGUACUCCCACGCGGCCCACGACCAGUACCCGGCCAGCAUGGCCCGCGCGUACGGACCCUACACCCCCCAGCACCAGCCCAAGGACAUGGUGAAGCCUCCGUACAGCUACAUCGCCCUCAUCACCAUGGCGAUCCAGAACUCCCCGGAGAAGAAGGUCACCCUGAACGGGAUUUAUCAGUUCAUCAUGGAGCGGUUCCCGUUCUACCGGGACAACAAGCAGGGCUGGCAGAACAGCAUCCGGCACAACCUGUCCCUCAACGAGUGCUUCGUCAAAGUGCCCCGGGACGACAAGAAGCCCGGGAAGGGAUCCUACUGGACCCUGGACCCGGACUCCUACAACAUGUUCGAGAACGGAAGCUUCCUGCGGCGGAGGAGGAGGUUCAAGAAGAAGGACGUGCAGAAGGACAAGGAGGACCGGCCGGGGAAGGAGAACCCGUCCUCCCGGACCCCGGAUCCGGGUCCGGGCUCCCAGCCGGUCCGCAUCCAGGAUAUAAAGACCGAGACCACCGGGAGCUCCACGCCGCCGCAGGCCGAGUCCCCGACCCGGAGCACCGUGCCCAAGACCGAGAGCCCGGAGUCCAGCUCCAGCUCCAUGUCCACGGGCAGCCCGCACAGCCUGGAGCCCCCCCCAGACCACCAGCAGCACCACCAGGCCCCGGCCGGGCAGGGCUUCAGCGUGGACAACAUCAUGACCUCGCUGCGGGGGUCUCCGCAGGCCGAGCUGUCCCCCCCACUCAUCGCCUCCCCCCGGACAGGGAUCACCCCCUCGCUGUCGCUCAGCUACUCCCCCCCCAACCAGAGCUACGGGUCCAGCACCUGCAACCAGAACGGCCUCUCCACCUCCAACUCCAACUCCAACCCCAACGCGACCUACCACUGCAACAUGCAGGCCAUGAGCCUGUACGCCGGGGAUCGAACCAGCGGCGGACACCUGGUCCCGUCCACCACCGUGGAGGAGGCGCUGCCCGACUACUGCACCACCGCGUCUCCGCUGGGCCACGGCACCGGGACCCAGCAGGGGGGCGGCGGCCAGCAGCAGGACCACCACCACGCUCACCAGGGCCGGAUCGCGUCCUGGUACGGGGACCUGAGCCACCUGAGCCCGGGGUACCAGGGGCACCACCAGCAGCAGAACUUCCACUCGGUGCGGGAGAUGUUCGAGUCCCAGCGGAUUGGGCUGAACGGUUCCCCUGGCAACGGGACUAGCAGCUGUCAGAUGGCCUUCCCGUCCGGACAGUCCCUGUACCGAACCUCGGGAGCCUUUGUUUAUGACUGCAGCAAAUUCUGA